AUGAGUGAAUGUUUGAAAUAUCAAAAACCAGAUAAAGAUCACAUGAGAUAUGCAAUAAUUUCACACAACAUUGAUUUUGUUACAUUCUUGAUGAAUGAAUACAAUAUAGAAAUCGAAUUAAAAUAUUGCGGAAAAUAUAAAAAUCUUGAACCCUUUUUGGUUUGUUUAGAUCAAACAAGUAAAAUUAAUGAAUGUUUUGUUUAUUCAACAAUUUUUGAAAUCCCAUCCUUAUGUGAAAACAUCCUUUCAAUUGGUGCAGAUAUUAAUGGAAAAAUUUUUGACGGGCGUACUGCUCUUUAUUAUGCAGCAAAAAAUAAUUAUAAAGAAACAGCUGAAUUUCUUAUUUCACAUGGUGCAAAUAUCAAUGAAACAAAUCUUGAGGGACAAACCGCUCUUUAUAUUGCAGCAAGGAAAAAUAGUAAAGAAACAGCCGAACUCCUUCUUUCACAUGGUAUAAAUAUCAAUAAACUAAAUUUCAGAGGAGAAUCAGCUCUUCAUAUCGCAGCAUCAUUAAAUAAAAAAGAAAUCGCCGAACUUCUUCUUUCUCACGGUGCAAAUAUUAAUGGAAAAGAUAUUUUCGGACAAACCCCUCUUCAUUUUGCAGCAAUAUAUAAUAGCAAAGAAAUAGCAGAACUUCUUAUUUCACAUGGUGCAGAUAUCAAUGAAAAAAAUAAAAAUGGACAACCUACUUUUCAUAUUGCAGCAAAAUAUAAUAGCAAAGAAACAGCCGAACUUCUUAUUUCACAUGGUAUAAAUAUCAAUGAAAAAGAUAAUGAUGGAGAAACAGCUCUUCAUCUUGCAGCAUAUAAUAAUAAAGAAACAGCCGAAUUUCUUCUUUCACAUGGUAUAAAUAUCAAUGAAAAAAAUGAUGAUAGGAAAACCGCUCUUCACUAUGCAACAGAAAUGAAUCAUAAAGAUUUCAUUGAACUUCUUCUUUCACAUUGUGCAAAUAUCAAUGAAAAAGAGAAGCACGGGAAAACUGCUCUUCAUAUUGCAGCAUUGAAUAAUAGUAAAGAAAUAGUCGAACUUCUUAUUUCACAUGGUAUAAAUAUCAAUGAAAAAGAUAAUGAUGGAGAAACAGCUCUUCAUAUCGCAGCAAAAAUAAUAAUAAAGAAACAGCCGAACUUCUUAUUUCACAUGGUAUAA